AUGGAUCAUAUUCAACGAUUGCUCGGACAAGGAGGUGGCAUGGGUGCUCACCCAGGUGUUGAUUCGCCUGUUGUCGACAACUCCGAGACCGUUUAUAUUUCCUCAUUGGCUCUAUUAAAGAUGUUGAAACAUGGCCGAGCCGGUGUACCAAUGGAAGUCAUGGGUCUUAUGUUAGGCGAGUUUGUUGAUGAUUUCACUGUUCAUGUCAUUGACGUGUUUGCCAUGCCUCAAUCUGGUACUGGUGUUUCAGUCGAAGCUGUGGAUGAUGUGUUUCAAACUAGAAUGAUGGAUAUGCUUAAACAGACUGGUAGAGAUCAGAUGGUUGUUGGUUGGUAUCACUCGCACCCUGGAUUUGGUUGUUGGCUGUCAUCUGUUGAUAUUAAUACUCAGCAGUCAUUUGAACAACUGAACCCCAGAGCUGUAGCUGUUGUGGUAGACCCUAUUCAAUCCGUCAAGGGUAAAGUCGUUAUCGAUGCUUUCCGUCUCAUUAACCCAGCUUCGUUGAUGAUGGGUCAAGAACCUCGUCAAACCACAUCUAACCUUGGUCAUUUGAAUAAACCAUCUAUUCAAGCUCUUAUCCAUGGUUUGAACCGUCAUUACUACUCUAUCAACAUUAACUACAAAAAGACUCCUCUAGAAGAGACCAUGUUGCUCAAUUUACACAAGAGUGAUUGGUCAUCUGGUCUGGCGCUUAAGGAUUACACGGUUCAUGACCAUGAUAAUCAUGAUGCCGUCAAGCAGAUGGUCAAGCUUGCUGACCAAUAUACAGCCCGUGUAAAGGAAGAAAAAGAGCUGACAGAAGACCAACUCAAGACGAGAUAUGUGGGUAAACAAGAUCCUAAGAAGCAUCUUGAGGACACUGUUAACCAACGUCUUGAGGAGAAUAUUGUCUCUAUUCUUGCUGGAAAUGUCGACACUGCUUCAUUCCACUAG